GUUCAUACAACUGACACUAAAGAAUUCUGACACAAAUAAGAAGAAAUUUCUUUAACAAAACUACUAUGUAUGAGAACGUCAGGUAGUCACUAUAUAAAACCUUGUUUUUAUCUUGAUUUAAAUUUGAAUCUACAGCCAAAAUAGGUUGUUUUUAACAAUUGGUGCAUAUUUCGGUUUUAUAUUGAUAUUUCCGAUAGUUGUCUCCCCUUAGACCACAUAUCACAUUUCUGUCAAUCUCUCUGAAUCGUGGAUGCUGCUUUAAAUUCCGAGUCUACUGUUCGGGUGAAGCUGAUUGGCUGAUGGUAUAUAUGACCCACAAAAUAUGUUCGAGAUAGACUGGACAACCUGCUCUAAAUGACGUCAGGCUUGUUCCUGCGCUAUAGUCUAUAUGCAAGUCAGAAAAGGAGUGACUUAGGAGCGAGUCUGACGUAUUAGAGCAGGUCAUCCAGUCUAUGUUCGAGACUGCUAUACAGUCUAAGGUGUUCGAGGCUACUUGGGAGAAAAGAAGCUGCAAAAUACAUGUAAAUCGUAGACUUAGUUUGCGUUGACAAAGGUAAGUUUGACUAGUAAAUAUUAUUCUAGGUAGUUUUUCUGUAGGAUAAUUAACAUUUCCCCAUGCUCAAAACUAAGUGAAGUCAAUCGAACAAACGAAAGCAGUUGGUUAUUAUGGUGCACAAGACAAGGAAGGUUUCAUUAUUGGACACGAGAAGGGGGAUGGAUGGCCUAAUGGUUAGUGCGUGCUGUAUCAUAAGGCCUGUCAUUGAGUCGACUGGCGUGAUGACAAGGAGUAGGGUCGCCUGUCCAACCUCGUUGGUUUUCUCCGGGUCCUCCGGUUUCCUCCCACUGCUAAAGACCCCUACGCACAAGCGACUUAUUGAAAUAAAAUUAAACCACAUGUUAGUCCCAAAAUGACCUGGUUUGUGUUGAGUGGACGUACACUUUAACCCAUUUCUCUAUGAAUUUGCCUGUCCGGCUUAUGAGAAUUUUUGAUCAAUUGGAACAUUCCCACAUGUUAGUCCCGAAAUGACCUGGUUUGUGUUGAGUGGACGUACACUUUAACCCCAUUUCUCUAUGAAUUUGCCUGUCCGGCUUAUGAGAAUUUUUGAUCAAUUGGAACAUUCCCAAACUUGUUUUAGGCCUACACUACAAAGAACUUAGACAUGAAAUACCACUUUAUGGUAGCCUAGCUAAUUGAAUAUCUUAAGGUUAGAUAAGAAGAAUGGCCUAGAUGAAUUCUUUUGUGAAUUUUCAGUUCUUAACUUCGAAGCUACAAAUAUUAAAUAAUGAAUUUCUUUUGUGAAUUUUCAGUUGUCAGCUGCAAUUUAUUGGAAUAUUGGCCAACUUGUGACAUAUUCGUUUUGGACAUAUCGUGGCCAUACCAAAGAUUUGUUGGAUAAAGCUAGAUAUGGGUGUAUGGUGGCUGGGUGAGGUCCAUGACCGAGGAAGAGGAAAGAUGCAAGGCACCUUUUGGAAUAAGGGUAAUCAUCAAACUAAAGAGACUCAGAAGGGCCGAUUUAGUAAGAAAAUUCAAACAAGAUAUAAAAAUUGCAGAAGGGAAACAGGAGAGAUAUAAUGACCUACAGACAGAUGACAAAGACAUGCAGACAGAUGCCUGAAACACUGAGUUAGACACCCACGACACCCAGUCAGAUACCAGUGUCACCCACCAGGUAUCAAUGUCAUCAGCCAGACAGAUACCAAUGUCACCCACCAGUCAGAUACCAAUGUCAUCAGUCAGGUAGAUACCAAUGUCAUCAGUCAGGCAGAUACUAGUGUCGUCCACCAGGCAAAUACUGAUCUCACACACCAGACAGAUACUGAUACAAAUGUCACCCACCAGGUAGAUACCAAUGUCACUCGAUGAAGACUAUCUUCCAGCAUCUGAUGAAUCUGAUGCUGAAUCGGACAUAUUACCAUUUCAAGGUGCAUUUCCUGAUAUGUCGGUACACCUGAACAACAAAAGCGACAGUUCAAAGCAAGGUAUCUCCAAUCAUUCAGAGGAUCACAGUGACUGGUCAUAUAAAGCUAAUAAAAGAUAUCUUUAUAAGGACAUUACCGUUUAUGGAUAUAAAAAGAUCAAGGAAAAAAGAAAUUAUUCCAAAAUAGAUUAUUGUUUAUUUUGUAAGAACCAGUACAAGUCCAAAAUGUCAAAAGAUAUUAGCAGCUCAUAGAGAUGAGGAUAGAGGAAAAGAAAUAAUUGAUUCACCUAUUAAAUCAAAAAAGAGAAAAUAUCUUUUAUUAAAAGUACAAAAUGAAGGCAACUAUCAUCACAAUAUUGAGGUACUGCAAAAGGGCAGUGUUGAAUUAAUUGUGAAAAGAAGGCCUAAUAUGAAACAAAAUCAGAAUGCUAUUGACUAUGUGCCUUGUGAAUUCUGUUUGUCAUUUAUUAAAGAUGAUACUCUUUGGACACAUGCAAAAAAUUGCUGUAUGAGACCCGAUGAUUGUGAUAGAAAUUUCUUGAGAAACGGAAGAGCUAUGAUCCAAAGUUUUUUGUGUAAUCGGAAAGAUGAUACUGAAAGAGCUAAGUUGAAAGAAACCAGCAAAAAACCAGGAUUAAAAAAGAUUUGUGAAAAUGAUGAACUGAUUAAAAAGUUUGCUUCAAAUUUAUUAGACAAGUUAGGAACAGAAGAAGAACAGAAAAGAAAAGACAAAGACAAUAUAAUAACAAAAGUUCGAAGUGUUGCAAGAUUACUAAAAAAGCUCAACCAAAACAAGUUCCGUUUUGUGCCUUUUAAAACAUUCAUAUGUGGCAAAGAGUUCACAAACGCUGAAAAAGUAAAAGAAUUAUCUCGUGAAAGUGAUUCACCAAAUUUGGCCCUUACCUUAGGAUAUUACUUGAAACAAAUAUGCCCUUUAAAAAUUAGCCUAGCCAUUAAAACUGAAAACCCAAUCAUGAAACAAGAAGCAAUGUAUUUUAAAGAAUUGUACAAUGCCCACUGGAAUGGUAAAGUGUCGGCUGUUGUUCACAGGCGUCUCCGUUUACGACAGAUCAACAAAAGAAUAGAGCUACCAAAUACUGAAGACCUUGUCAAAUUUAAAGAUUUCUUAAGCAAUGAAAUAAAACAGACCAGAAACUUUAAGCCUUCAUUGGAAGAGUGGGUGAAAUUAGCAGAAAUCGUGAUGACACGUAUUGUGUUAUUCAAUAAAAGGUGUAUUUCAGAGGUAAAGGAACUGAAAAUAAUAGAUUUUAAAAAACGUCUUUCAGGAGACAGUACUAGUGAAGAAAUUGAUAUGCUGGAUACCUCAGAAAGAGUUCUUGCUAAAAGGUAAAGAAACAGUUAGGGAAGAUUCAAUGAAUCUGUGGCUAAAGUACUGUCUCUCUAAUUUGUGGUUGUUCAUUCAUUUUUCUAGUCAUUUGCAUUGACCAAAAACCAUGUACACAUUGGUGUGCACGUAAAAGAAGCCUCAGCAUAAUGGGCUGUAGUGCCAGCAAUAUUUUACAUUCCCAUUCCAUGGCUCUAAUUCUGACACUGAUUUUGCUGGGGGAUCACAGUGGUUAAGUGGGUAAGACGCCGGCUCAGUAGCCUGGAGGUCAGGCCCCGAGUUCACAAAGCAUUCUUAGACUUACAUAAUGGAUUUGAUUGAGGUACUGGGAAAAAGUACAAGAGGUCUAAGGAAAGUAUUUGUUCUAUUGGAGCCAGACAUGGUUAGAGGACGUAAUUAAAAUGUAUCGGCUGCAUGGUUGGUUGAGAUACUUACUGAUUCAGUCGACGCAUGCGUUGUAGCCCGAAAUCCACCUUUUCACUCGAUUGUCACUAUUUUUGGGAUUGAGAGAAUUCAAUUCCGGAACAUUCAAUCGAGUACCCCCUUUUACAGCUCCUUGAUAUGACUGGGGAUAAAUUGAAACUGGUCGCAGAUCACAUGGGCCACUCCGUGGCUACACACACUGAUAUUUACAGAACCAUGACUUCAACCUUAGAAAGGACCAAGGUUGCACGAGCCUUGAUCGCCCUUGAAAAUGGCACCCUCAGUAAAUUUCAAGGACGAAGCCUGUCUUCAAUUGAUCUUGACGAAAUCCGAUUCUCCAUCGACAGUGAAGAGUUAAAUGACGAUCAUGGUGAUAAUGAACUUGAAACCCAGGAAACAAAUUUAGAGGAAAUAGAUGAAGAAUUAACUGUGGAAGAGGAUGUUACCAGCACAGCAACAGAUUUACUGUUAAAGACUACGAUAAAUCAAGAUAAUUCACAAUGGCUCAAAACCGAAUGGCGGAAUCUGAUUAUCAGAUUCUAAGAAGGAAUUAUUCAUAUUUAUUAGAGAAUUUACAAGCUAAAAAUAUAACAGCACAUCUCUUCCAAUAUGGCGUCAUAGAUCACGACGAUCUGGAGGAAAUUAAUCUUAAAGAAGAAAAUAAAGGACGAAAAGCCGGGGUUGAAAUUCUGAUAAGAAAAUUACGAUGGUGUGCUGGGGAUUCGUAUAACCUGUUUAUUAAAAGUCUGGAAGUAAAUGGCUACCAUGAAGUAGUCCAGACUUUAAAGACAGACGAUAAAUUAGGUGAAACUCAAGCAGAAACUACUAGAAAAACUUUACCUCUUGAACAAGACAAACAAUAUUGUAGAAAACACAAGAAUGAAGAAAUAGAAGUUUACUGUAUGGAUUGUAACCAACCAUGUUGUGUGGUUUGUCGCCAAGUAUGGCACAACAACCAUAAACUAACUGAUUUACAUGAAGCUGAAGAAAACUGGAAAGGUCAAUUCCUUAAACUUAAAACAGAAUCUGAUAAAAAGAUAAAACAACUACAAGAACAUUCUGACUAUUUAAAGGCUAAAAUAUCUGACCUAAACAACUCUUGUCAGACCGCGUGUGAUAAUGUUGACAAGAAUGUUAAAAACAUUUGUGAUCAAGUAACCGUGUUAGGAAGUGGAAUAAAAGAUGAUAUUAUCAAAGUGAAAAAUGACGAAAUUAUGGAAUUAAACAAUUUCAUACAGGAAGCUGGCAGGAUGACAUCUAAAAUGAAAGAUUGGUGGGAUUAUUCUGAUCGUAUGUUAUUACAAAGUUCUUUAAUUACAUGUCUGGACAAACAUAGCAUGACAGAUGUUCAGACCAAAAUAAAUCACGAUAUUUCAUCAUAUGUACAAACCCCUGUGAUACGACAUCCAUUUUAUGACAUGGUGAAGAUUGACGUAGAAUCAUUAAAACAACAAAUGAAUAAAAUGAGAAUCAUGGAUAGUGCAACUUUUACCAGUAGUUUUAAUGUAAAUCAGAUACUGGAGACAAACGUUAACUACUGUGAUGAUGAUGUAAUGAUACAAGGAAUGCCAUGGUAUGUAGAUGUUACGCAUCAUAAAGAUACACAAACAUUGGAUGUUUACCUAUGGUUGAGGAAGGUAGAGGAUAAAACAGUUAAAACUGUUACAGCUGAUCGUACAUUUAAACUGUUAAAUAUAAACAAUGUUAGUAAACAUAAAGUACAAAGGGAGACAGAUACACAUAUACCAGGUGGUCUAGGAUAUGGUUAUAGAUUGAUAGACUGGGAUAAACUCAUUAAUCCUGAUAAUGGUUACCUUGACGACAACGGUAUGUUCACAGUACAAACAACUGUCAAAAUAAACAAAAUAGAUAGAAAUUAAUCUGAAAAUACAAACUAAAUAAAACGUGAUAUUAACUCGUACGUGAUAUUCAGAUAGAUGGAAAUUUUAUAUGAACCGUAAAAAAAGAAAAUGAAAUUAUGUGAACGCAGAUAAGACGUGUUUAUGGCAAUAUCAAGUUAAGACUAACAAACUCAAUCUAUCGGCUGAUGUUGAUAGCAGGGACAUCUGUCUAGUCAUUCGGAUGGGAAGAAAACCCGUGCACGUAUAAGAUCCCUUGACAGUUGGAAUUCGAUAUAAGAGUAGGCCAUAGUGCCACUGCCCGGGCAGAAUUUCCCUCAUAGCUCACUGGAUCUGGAUGAACUUUCUCGGCCAAUGCACCCGACCUCUAGGCUAGCGAGCCAGCGUCUUACCCACUUAGCCACGUGAUCCCCAAUAUUAUAUGGAUUACAAGUGUAAUUCUUUAAAGAUGAGAGAAUCCUCGUCGAGACGUCACCAUAGAAAUAAACAUCUAAGUAUUCCAUAUAAUUGUAUCAUGUAUUAUUCUCAUUCUGUUACUAAAUGUCGUUUAAACAAUUCAAGAUACAGUUGAUACUGUUCUCGACACAAUAAUACUGGAUAAGCGAGUAACUGUUGACUAUAUAUAUAUAUUAUACAUGUAAAUAAUGAUCUAUAAUUAGAACUGUAUACACUGUUUUUAUAACUCUUGUUUUAAUGUAUUAUUGUUAAACAGGUUUUAGAAUUUCUUCUCCAAUAAUUAAACUUAUAUCUAACAGUAUAAUAUAAAUGUAUGGUAAAUUUUGUUUUUUGCAUUGUUUAGAUUAAAGUCCCGUGGCGCCUAUUCAGCGCUACAUGAAUAACGUGCAGUAUUUACAGAGCUAUUUGGAAUUCAAAUUCCAUCGAACUAUACAAUACCCCCAUCGCCAUGUUGUUGUCCGCGUCAAUUCAUUCAUUAGUUGUCCUUUUUUUUUUAAAGAAAUUCCAAUUGGAUCCAAAACGGGACAUUAUCAGACGUCAAAAUUAAAUAAUCAAUCUGAGUACAUUUUAGAAGUUGCGAGAAAUUUGAUAUUUUAGGUAAAAUGAAUCAUCAGUACUUUAAAUCUGUUAUUUUGUGACAUUAAAAUAAAAUAUAUAUUUUGUAUA